AUGAGGCUCUCCGCCGCUUUCGCUCUCCUCUCGGUGGGCGCUAGCGCGCUCAGCAUUUUCUCGGACGACAAGCAGCACGCUAUUGCCGCCGACGAUGAUCUUGAUGUUCCCGGUCAGUCGCCUCUGAAGUUCUGCGAAGGCGACCGCAGCAACGAUCUUAUCACGAUCGACAGCGUUAUCCUGACGCCGAACCCCCCCGAGGCUGGACAAACUCUGGUCAUCGAGGCCACGGGCACGGUGAAGGAAACCAUUGAGGAGGGCGCAUACGUAAACCUCCAGGUCAAAUACGGCUACAUCCGUCUCAUCAACACGCAGGCCGACCUCUGCACGGAGAUAAAGAAUGUUGACCUUGAAUGCCCGAUUGAGAAGGGCAAGAUCUCCAUCAUCAAGACUGUCGAGUUGCCCAAGGAGAUCCCUCCAGGAAAAUACGUCGUGGAUGCCGAUGUGUACACCGCGGAUGAUGAGCGCAUCACCUGCCUGACUGCCAAGGUUGAUUUCGCUCGGAAAUCGUCCUUUUUUGAUCUUUGA